AUGCCAGUUGCAGGUCCGUCGCGUCGUUCCACGAACAAUCGUAGAAGAGACCCAUCCUCCGAUGGUAUUGAGGCCGAUGAGCCGACCCAGAGGCAUGCCAAUCAUGAGGACGUAGACGAGGAAGAGGACGAGGAGGAACGUCCGCGUCGCGCAAAGGCAGGGAAAAAGGAGAAGACAACCAAUACAGCGGCACCGCAAGAGCAGGACGAAGAUGAAGACUCUGAUCCGUUGGAGAACUUCGGUGACCAACCUCUCGACAAAGCCCAGGCUCAGCGGAUUGCCGGAGUGGCCUCUGACUGGAACAUGAUUAGACGUAACCACCUUGCUCCAUUCUAUGGUAUCAUCAAAGAUGUAGCUACUGUAUUCGCUGAAUUCACAGAGGGAGAGAAAGGAGAGAACCUCAUUUCAGAGAUGGACGGCGUCGUGCGGCAACUCAUAGAUUCCGAGGCAGAAUUGCUUGCGCAUGAAAAGGCGCUGAAUGACCUCAACCAGAAAGUCUCAUGCAAGGAGCCGAUCACCGACGUCGUAGACCAGUAUGAGCAAGAUGUGAAGCGGAGAGCUAAUGAAUACAAGGAGAAAACUACGCGCCAGAAGUACGCGACGGCAGACGAGUAUUUCUCUUUCAGACAGGCCGUUUUCGAAGUACAGAAUCCAGACAUUGCAAUGCCACCUGUCACCGACUUCUUGCAGAGAGGCGGGUGCUGCUCUCAAUUGCUCUGGUUGCUGUUCGCUGAAGCUUUGUUCUACCCAGAGGACGGUGAUGAGAGCGACGAUGACGACGAUCUGGUAAUGGGCGGUGUAACUCAAGAUUAUAAGUGCCCGUUGACUCUGACAAUCCUCGUGGACCCGCUGACUUCGAAACUCUGCGGACACUCGUUCUCGAAGACGGCAAUCGAGGAAUACCUUGGGAGUCGCUAUGCGCAGAAGGAAUGUCCCGCGUCAGGCUGCACCAAGAUGCUCACUCUGAGCAAUCUCGAGCCGAACAAGGAGCUUGCGAGAAAAGCAAGAGAUGCCGGCCGACGAGAACGCAUGCGGGAACAGGAUAGUGAUGAAGAGGACGUCGUCGAAUCCGUUUCGUUCGCCGUCCUAUCUCAUACUAUUCACUUGUAUCAGCUCAAGUUACCUGCAACUUGUGAACCGUGGCUGGUAUGGGGAGUCAACAUUGUAGCGAAGCAUUCCUCACUUCACAAACCGCUACCAAACAUCGGGGGCACCCACCAGCAAUUACUGCCUACAUUCAGCGGUCUUGGCGUUUGUACGCAGGGCCUUUUGAGACUGGUGUACGAAUACGUGACCGGGCGCGACGUGACGACAUCACCUGAUUGUGACACACGCUACGAGAACAUGUCAGAAUCAGUAGCCUCCAAUGUCGAACACACUUCCAAAAAGAGGCGUGCCGAGAUGGAUAAACCCCCAUCUGAGCGCACCACGAUUAAGCAUGAAGACUUCUGGUUGUCCGAUGGCAAUAUUAUCCUAGCUGCCGAUAACGAAGAUGAGAAUGCGACGGUUCUCUACAAGUGUCACCGGUCAAUGCUAGCGAGGCAUUCUCCUGUCUUCAAAGACAUGUUCGACCUGCCACAACCGGUAGAGUCUCAGGAGGAGAUAUACGGCAUUUCUCUUCUGAGACUCCAUGACAAACCGAAGGACGUGGAGAGCCUGCUCCGAGCAAUCUAUGAUCCUAUGCUGUUUGCGUUGGAUAAAUUCGCCUCCAAUGCUGUCGACCUCCUUGGUGGAGCUAUCAAACUCUCAACAAAAUAUGAAAUGGAUUCCCUGCGUGCCGAUAUUCUGCAAUCCGACAUCCAGACGUUGAUGAGAAGACCGCAGAUCGUGAAGCAAUCUUCCAAGGGUGCAGUUUUUCAAGAUCCAGGCGAAUGCUAUGUCUUGCCGAUAUCUGAAGCAAGGAUUCCGGAAGCACUCCGUGCUGCUUUCUAUGAACUCCAUCGGCUUUACGAUGGGCGCGGACAUACUAGAAUCUGCCGAGUCAAUGACCUCACGACGGGUGAUCUUCACCGGCUUGUCAUGGGACGAGAACGACUUCGCAUGGCGGUCACUGCGAUACUCACCGAUGAUUCUUUAUACGAAGACGAGCUCUACGCCAUGCACUUUGCUACCGUCGAUUUCAAUGGCAGUAAAGAAAUUUGCCGAAAACAUGUCGAAGAUUGGUGGGACAAGAAGGCCGAACGCUUGGCUUUUGAUGAUCUAGCGUUACCGAACGAUCCGUUCAUAGAGUUGAAUCGAUUAGCAAAUGAGAUAGAGGAAGAACACACACUUAUGUGCUCAGGAUGCGCAGGGGAAGUGUCGGCGUUUAUACGAUCCAGCCGGAAGGAGCUGUGGGAUUCUCUGGACAGAUUUUUCGAUUUGACAGUUCUUAUGUAG